AUGGCUGCUGUGACUCUACAAGUCCCCAGUCUGCCGAAGGAGCAACCGGCUCAAGCAUCAUCUGCAGAGGAGGACGAGUUGGACCUCCGAUGGCUUGAGGACAGGCUGUCUUGGGCUGCACGGCUUGGUGAGACAGCCCAGGCCUUGCGCGAUUCUGGCGAGCGCAGCGAGCGCGGCGAGAGCGAGCAAGGCGAGCGCUGGCUUGAAGAGUUCGCUGAACUCCGAUGUGACUUCAGGCGUCGAUCCAGGAGGUUGGAAAAGCUGGAAAACAAAAUGCAUGCAGUGACAUCCAGUUGCAUCGAGGCCCAGCACCACUUGGCUAGCCUGACCCGGGAGCGCGACUUGUUGAUGGAUUGCGUUCAGGAGCUGCUCUUGUUGACCACCUCGGACAUGCAGGAUCCGGCCCAGCGGCAUUGUGCCCCUUCAAAGGCGAGGGAAGCAUGGCAAAGCAAAGAUGGCGACACGUCCGAGCCGGUGGCCAAAGAUGUUGCCGCUGGAGGAUCUCGGGCAACACCUCGCUCUGUGAGGAACAGUACGUCUCCACGCGACCUUCUGAAGGCUCCGGAAGGUGCGCGCAGAGUGCGCUUUGACGACAAACUCCAGGAGUCGCCAAGGUAUCCGCGACAGCCUCCGGACAGGCACAGCGCUUCGUUGCACAAUCCUAUCCUGAAGCAUCAUCGUCCGACCUUGGCGGUACCGACACCGGAAGCAGAGACCGUCAGCGCGGGCGGUGCCUCUGCCGUUGAUGCAAGGACUUCCGAAUGUGAGCAAGAUGCAGGACGUGCAGACGAAGAAGCUCAGGCCGUCCUGCAAGAAGGAGGCUCUGAUGAGCUUCGACGCGGUGCCCAGGUUCAGGAGCCGCUGGUGAUGGCAACACAUGUCUGCGCCGGGCAGCGUGUGGUCCUGCAGUCGCCGCUGUGGCAUCUUGGGCAGCCUGGGCACCAGCGCGUGUUGGCACCCCAACCACGGGCUGCUGGAGGUGCUGUUUACAACCAUCGAGGCUGCAAUGGCUGCAAUGGGCAAGUCCGCUGGGGUGAAGGAGCAGAAGCAGCCUUUGCUCGUGCCGUGCCUGUUGGUCCAGUGCAGCGUGGGACUGGUUCCAGCCCUACAUAG